AUGUCAAUCGAGUGGAACGUUAUAAUCUACGAUAAGCCUGGUACUGACAGAACUGAAGUCAGACCAACACAUGUUGCAAACAUUCCAGAAUCUGUCAACAAAGGGAUUGUCACCUCUGUCGGGGCAAUUUACCAAGAUGUUCAAAAGACCAAGUUUGCCGGUAGUGCAUUCCACAUUAUAGCCAAUUCUAAAGAAGAAAUUAUUGAGUUCUUAAAGAAGGACAUUUACUACGAGAAAGGUAUUUGGGAUAUUGACUCCGUUAUUGCUCAUCCAAUUGGCGUGGCUUGUAGAUUGCCUAAAAGAAUGAAUGGAGUAACUGUUGACUUCGCCAAUUUGUAA